AUGGUCAGUUCCAAUCAGACCUCCCCUGUGAUGGGGUUCCUUCUUCUGGGGCUCUCUGCCCAUCCAAAGCUGGAGAAGACAUUCUUCGUGCUCAUCCUGCUGAUGUACCUGGUGAUCCUACUGGGCAAUGGGGUCCUCAUCCUGGUGACCAUCCUUGACUCCCGCUUGGACACGCCCAUGUACUUCUUCCUGGGGAACCUCUCCUUCCUGGACAUCUGCUAUACAACCUCCUCAGUCCCUCUCAUCCUUAAUAGCUUCCUGACUCCCAGGAAAACCAUCUCCUUCUCAGCCUGUGCAGUACAGAUGUUCCUGUCCCUUGCCAUGGGAGCCACAGAGUGUGUUCUCCUGAGCAUGAUGGCGUUUGAUCGCUACGUGGCCAUCUGCAACCCCCUUAGGUACCCUGAAGUCAUGAACAAAGCUACUUAUGUGCCCAUGGCUGCUGGCUCCUGGGUAGCUGGAAGCCUCACUGCCAUGGUGCAGACAUCCUUUGCAAUGAGGCUGCCCUUCUGUGGAGACAACAUCAUCAAUCACUUCACCUGUGAGAUUCUGGCUGUCCUGAAGUUGGCCUGUGCUGAUAUCUCUGUUAAUGUGAUCAGUAUGGGAGUGGCUGAUGUGAUCUUCCUGGGGGUCCCGGUUCUGUUCAUCUCUUUCUCCUAUGUCUUCAUCAUUGCCACCAUCCUGAGGAUCCCCUCAGCUGAGGGGAGGAAAAAGGCCUUCUCCACCUGCUCUGCCCACCUCACUGUCGUGAUUGUCUUCUACGGGACCAUCCUGUUCAUGUAUGGGAAGCCCAAGUCUAAGGACCCACUGGGAGCAGACAAACAGGACCUUGCAGACAAACUCAUUUCCCUUUUCUAUGGGGUGGUGACCCCCAUGCUCAAUCCCAUCAUCUACAGCCUGAGGAACAAGGAUGUAAAGGCUGCUGUGAGGAACCUGGUAUUUCAGAAACGCUUCCCGCAGUGA